GGGUCGGGACUCGGGUGCGUCGGGUGUCCUUAAUAUWUGCGCGUGCGUUGCGUCGCAUUUGUUUAAGUCCUUGAAAACGGGAUUUCCGUUGAUUUCUUUUGACUUAACCUUCAGUUCAAUGUUUUCUUAAAUAAAACGCAAAAAUCAUUUGAAAAAUGUUUGAAAAUUCGCCGAAAACUCGAAAAUCGGAAAAAAGCGGUCAAAAUGAUAAUCCGACGCUUUCUCUGCGCCAACUCUUUCGAUACGCGAACGCAAAAGAACGUCUGUUUGUGAUAAUCGGGAGUUUUGUGGCUCUUUUGACCGGAUUUUCUUGGAAUCUAUUGACAAUCGCUUUCGGAGAUGUCGUCGACGUCUUCGUUGAGUUCGAGAGAAAACAAAGACAAAACACGUCUUCUUCGGUUGAAUCGAAUGAUCGGACUUCGGAUGAGUUCCUUCGAGACGUGUAUUUCUUUUCGGCGUCUCUGGUCGUGCUCUGGAUGUGCAAUUUGAUCGGGAAUUUCGUGAUCUUGACGCUCUUCCCGCUGUCGGCUUCUGGACAAUUGUCGACAAUUAAGACCAAAUACUUUCGAUCAGUUCUUCGACAAGACAAUCAAUGGUUUGAUUCUCAGAACGAAGCCUUUGCAUCACGUGUCACGACAGAUUUGAAGCGCGUGGAAGAGGGUUUGGGCGAGAAGUUGGGUUUGGCGGUCUACCACUCGUCGACGGCGGUUCUGGCGGUCGGGACGGCCUUUUGUUACGGUUGGAAGUUGACCUUGGUCGUGUUAUCUCUUUUGCCUUUUCUCGCUUUCGGAACUUCUGUUAUGAAUAAAGUCCAGGCCACUUUCGCCCGCAAAGAAGUCGAGGCAUACGCUUCCGCCGGUCACGUGGCCGAAGAAGUAAUUUCUGGAAUUCGAACAGUCGUCGCAUUCGGCGCUCAAAAGCAAGAAAACCAAAGAUAUUGUCGUCAUUUGGAACCGGCUUUGCGUUCGGGAAUUAAACGCAAUUUCAUGACCGGAUUAGGAAACGGAUUAAUGUUUUCCUGUCUCUACGGCGGUCUCGCGCUCGGCAUUUACUUCGGCGUUCAGAUGAUCAUUGCGUCUGCGCAGAACGGCACUUUCGAAUACACCGUCGGAACCAUUGUUAUUGUCUUCUGGUCAGUUUCGGGAGCAGGAUUCUCGAUUGGCGGUGCUGCACCWCACUUUGAGGCCGUGGCAGUGGCCAGAGCAACGGCUGCCCGAGUGUUCCAAGUGAUAGAGCGUCGUCCGCCAAUUGACGUCUCGUCAGACGCAGGUCGUCGUCCAGCCGUCGUCCGGGCGGAAAUCCAGUUGAAAGACGUCCAGUUUUCMUAUCCUUCGAGACCCGAAAUCAAGGUCUUAAACGGAUUUAAUUUAAGCGUAAAAUCGGGAGAAAACGUGGCUCUUGUGGGACCUUCUGGAGGAGGAAAGUCGACUGUUAUYCAACUUUUGCAGAGAUUCUAUGAUCCGACAAAUGGAAGCGUUUUUGUCGACGGAAUUGAUGUCAAAGAAUGGCAUUUGGGAACUCUUCGUGAUAAUACGGGCGUUGUUGGCCAGGAACCCGUUCUUUUCGAUUUGUCGGUCAAAGAAAACAUAGUCUUGGGGUCAAAGGCCAAACUCGUGACCGAAGAUGACGUCAUUUCUGCGGCAAAAGAAGCGAAAUGUCAUGAAUUCGUCGAACGUUUGCCCGAAAAAUACGAGACGAGAGUCGGACACAAAGGACGACAAUUGUCGGGCGGACAGCGGCAGAGAGUGGCGAUCGCGAGGGCUCUGAUGGGAAGUCCGAAGCUUCUAUUGUUGGACGAAGCAACUUCCGCUUUGGACUCGAAAUCGGAAACGGAAGUCCAGGAAGCGCUCGAAAACGCGGCCAAAGGAAGGACCGUCGUCGUGGUCGCACACAGACUCAGAACCGUCAGGAAUUGCGACCGAAUCGUCGUCGUUUCGGAGGGACGGGUCAGGGAGGAGGGCAGUCACGUGGAACUCAUGGAAAAACGCGGCGUUUAUUACGAUUUAGUUCUCAAACAAGGAUUGGAUUCCGUUUCCGACGAAUCCGUCCAACAAAACAACGAAGAAGACGUCGAAGAAGAAGACAAUGUCGUCGUGGAGGACGAAGAAGAAGUCGCAGAGGAAGAGGUUUUGAGASAAAAGUUUUCUCACCGCCGACUUCUGGGUCUUUUAUCACGUGACAAAUGGGUUGUAAUGUUUGGACUGUUUUUGUCGUUAGUUUACGGACUCAUUGUUCCGCUUUAUGCCUUUGUUUUCGGCGCUUUUGUCGACAUUUUCGCCGAAGAGUUUGAUCCGAAUAUCGUCUGGAUCAAAGCCAAGAUCUUCGCUCUUUAUUACAUCGGAUUAGCCGUUGGCGUGGGCGUCAUCUCGGUGAGUCAGAUGACGUUGUUGGGAGUGGCCGGGGAACGACUGACUCUUCGGUUGCGGAAAAUGGCGUUUUCGGCGAUUUUGAGACAAGAAAUUCGGUUUUUCGACCAAAAAGACAACUCGUGUUCCGCUCUUUGUUCGCGUCUGUCGUCCGACGCUUCGCACGUCCAAGGAGCUUCGGGAUCUCGAGCGGCCAUUAUCUGCCAGGCUUUGGCCACUUUCACUGCUUCUGCCGUUUUGGGUCUCGUGUUGUCAUGGCAACUGUCAAUUGUGGCGCUUCUGUUCGUUCCCUUCAUUCUGAUUGGUGCAGCCGUCGGCGCAAAAGCAGAUUCUUGGAAUUCUUCGGCAGUUCCAAUUGAUCCAACCAGAGUGGCCGUCGAAGCGUUGGCCGCAAUUCGAACGGUCAAAAGUCUGCACAAAGAACAACAUUUCGGCGACGAAUUCGCGGCAAUCGUAGAGUCGGGUCUGAGAUCGGUUGGGAAGCGAACUGUUUUGCGCGCUCUGACGCUUGCGUUCUGUCUUUCGAUAGUUUUUCUUUCAUAUUCUGUUGUUUUUCUUUUCGGAGGAAUUCUUGUUUCCAAACAAUUAUUGACUUCCGGAAACUUCUUCGUCAUUAUCGAGACUUUAAUCUACGGAUCCAUGACUGUCGGCCAGUCCUCCGUCUUCACGUCCGACUACCGCAAGGCCAAGUUGGCGGCGGCCAAUAUUUUCCGACUUUUGGACCGAAAUUCAAGCGAAAGUCAAACUCAAAGCUUUCGUUUCAAAACUAAACACUUUUUGGGAAACAUUUCCUUCAAUUCCAUUCACUUUUCUUAUCCCACAAGACGUCAAACUCCGGUUCUUCGCGGACUUUCUCUUAAGAUCCGAGCCGGCGAAACGGUGGCUUUGGUGGGCGCCUCCGGGUGCGGAAAGUCGACUUUAGUUCAGUUAAUAGAAAAGUUUUAUGACGUCACUUGCGGACAACUCACUUUGGACGACAUCCCGAUUGACGCCUUCGACAGACAUUGGCUCAGAAGACAAAUGGCGAUUGUGUCUCAAGAACCGACACUCUUUUCGGGAUCCAUCAGACACAACAUCGCUUACGGCGUUCCCGACGCUCCGAUGGAAGCUGUCAUCAGAUCCGCGGAAAUGGCGAAUAUCAAUGACUUUAUUUGCGAUCUUCCGCUCAAAUACGACACUCAAGUCGGUCAAAGCGGAACUCUUUUGUCGGGAGGACAAAGACAACGAAUCGCCAUUGCGCGUGCUCUGCUCCGCGACCCGCGUUUGCUGGUAUUGGACGAAGCGACGGCCGCUUUAGACACGGCCUCCGAAUCGGCGGUUCAGUCGGCCUUAGAGUCGGCGCGCGUUGGACGCACGUGUCUCAUCAUUGCGCAUCGAUUGUCGACUGUGAGAAGCGCCGAUCGGAUCGUGGUGUUGGAGAGGGGGCGGGUGGUCGAGGAGGGCAAACACGACGAACUUUUGUUAAGAAAAGGAAAAUAUUUCGCUUUAAAUAGAAAUUAA